UGAUUAAUUUAGUUUAUAGGGUGAAAAUUUGUGCAAAAGUUGUAAAAUUUGGAAAUUGGAAAAAAUAUAAAAUUAUUCAGAAGUAGAACAAAAAAAUGAGCUUUAGUGGUCAAUCAAAUCCUCCUUGGCAAAGGAAUUUAGGAAAUACCGGUAGCCAAAUUCCAAGCAGAUUUGGGGCAAAUCAACAAAUGAAUAUUCAAAGUACCACUAUUUUUGGGCCACAAGGCAUGGGUAUUCCUGGACAAAAUGGGCUGUUUAAUCAAAACCAGAUUCCUCCACAAAUAUCUUACCCUCAAACAAGAGGCUUAAAUCCAGUGGCAUUUGGUGCAGGUGGUGGUCCGCCCCCGCUUAUGGGAACAAAUCCUGGAAACGCACCGAGUGGAAUUAUGCUUACCUCGCAACAAAAGAAAAGUUUUAUCGGUUUCGUAACAAAAGUGCAUAAUGAUUACGGUUUUGUUGAUGAUGAUGUAUUUUUCCAACUUGAGGUUUGUAAAGGAAGUCCAAAGGUAGGUGACAGGGUUUUGGUCGAAGCAACUUUUAAUCAAAGUGGAACCUUUAAAUGGACAGCAACAAGGGUGCAAUUAGUAUCUGGACCAAAUUCAAACCCUGUUGCUCCUCCACCUCCAAAUAUUUCUGGUCAUGGCUUCAAACCAUCACCAGUUCCUUCACCGAAUGAUUAUCCUUGGCGCAGAUCAUCUCCAGAGAGACAUGAAAGAAUUCGUCGUAGCUCUAGAGAAAGAGAUCGAGAGAGGAGUAGAGAUCGAGAACGUGAGAGAGAUCGUGAAAGAGAUAGAGAUCGAGACAGAGAGAGAGACAGAGAACGUGAUCGCGAUCGUGAACGUGAUAGGGAAAGAGAUCGCGAACGUGAGGAUGAUGUAACGAGAAAAAAACGUCGGGAGAAAAGCGCCGCCCCUUCUUGGGCUCCCAGCCCAAGAAAAAACUCUCCAAAACGCAGAAGACGUGCUCCCCCUCCUUAUAUGGUGGAUAUCCCCAAGGUCAAUUUAAUUAUAGAAAAAGCGGACUAUUUCGAAAUAACAAAACGCUAUCGUAAUCUAUACAUUCCUUCAGAUUUCUUCUUCAGCAAUAUAAAGUGGCCAAAAUCGUUUCCUCCAAACAAACCAUUUUCGAUACAGCGGCCAUGUUCAUUUCAUAUUUUGCACAAAGAAGUUGAAUAUUCUAAUAUUGAGGAUGACAAUGAACCAAAAGAUUUGGAUUAUAAGUUUUCCGCAAAAGUUAUGUUGAUGGCGUGUCCAUCAAUGGUAGAAUUCUACAAUAAAUGCUUUUUUCAAGAUGACGAAGACGAACGCGACUGUAUGCAUCCAUCAAGAUUAAUACAAUUUUUAGUUGGAACACGUAGUAAGGCUGAAACAAUGGCCAUUGGUGGCCCUUGGAGCCCUUCGUUAGAUGGAGAAAAUCCAGAAAGUGACCCUAUGGUAUUAAUCAGAACAGCAAUACGGAACUGUAAGGCUUUAACUGGUAUUGAUCUAUCUAGAUGUACGCAAUGGUAUCGCUUUGUGGAACUGUACUACCAUCGGGCUGAAUCUGUUAAUAAAGGUCAAACAAUUCCAGCGAGGGUUGAGACAGUUGUGAUUUUCUUACCUGAUGUUAAUUCUUGCAUGCCAACGCCAUCGGAAUGGAAAAAAUCUCAGCUGCAUUAUCAGUUCAAAUUGAAUCAAAUAUUAAAUAAAGGUUCAUGUACUUCAAAUGACAAUUUAGUGGUAGACACUGCUAACGAAGGUCAAAACUUGGGUAAAGGUGCCACUAAUGAUGGCGGUGGUGACUCCUCAGGAAACAUUACUGCAGGAACCAGGGACAAUAUCGCAGACAACAAAUUGGAUACAAAUAACAUGGAUUCAGCGGCUGGAGAUAAAGAGGAAGAUUCUCCAAAAGGUACGCAUUAUUCAAAACUGGAUCCAAAAGCCAUGAAAAUACAAGCUCUGCGAGAUGAAUUGGAAGCUAGAAACUUGGAAUCUAAAGGUUUAAAACCUCAACUGAUUGCACGUUUAACAAAAGUUUUGAGAAAUGAAAAAGCUGCUGAGGAAAAUAAAAGGCUUGAUGAUGCGGAAGAUGAUGAGGAAAUGGAUCAAGAAGAUUCCAAUGUUGACACUAUACAAAGUAUGAAUACAGAGGAUUCAAAAAAAGAAGAAUCGGAAGACGAAUCGGUUAAAGAACCUCCUCCGCCAGGAGAAAUAGAUUUAACCGACAUGGUCGUAUUGGAUGAGUAUGAUUCCAACAAGUAUCAUAGCAAAAAUGUUCAAAGAGCGAAAGAUAUUGAAAGAAAUCAGCUAAAGCGGCGUUAUACACUGCCUGACUCACCACACAUAAUAGUUUCGCCAUCUAAAACAGUGAAAGGCGGUCGGUUUGAUUGCAGUGUUAUGUCAUUAUCAGUUUUGUUGGACUAUAGACCAGAGGAUAAGAAAAAACAGUCAUUUGAGGUCUCAAUAUUUGCUGAACUUUUUAAUGAAAUGUUAAUGCGAGAUUGUGGUUUUGAGAUAUAUAAAGAAUUGUCGAGAGUAAUCGAAAGAAACACGCAAAAGGAAAAGGAGAAAGAAAAAGAAAGAGAAAAAGAGAAAGAAAAAGAAAAAGAGAAGGAAAAGGAAAAAGAAAAGGAAAAAGAAAAAGAGAAAGAGAAGAUAAAGGAGAAGGACAAGCUUGAUAAAGAAAAGGAUGUAGAUAAGAAAAAGGUAACCCCUGAUUCCGUCGAUGAAAAAAUUGGAAAAGAAACUACAGAAAAAAAAGCAAUUGUCGAAACUUCUUCAAGUGACUUGAGAAAAGAAAAAAAAAGUGAAAGACAUUCGAGGGAUCGUUCAAGAGAGCGUAGAUCAUCCAAGUCCCGGGAUCGAAAAAAUUCGCGGGAUCGUUCUCGUGACAAAGAAAAGCGAAAACGACCUCGUAGUGAAUCUGAUGACGAAGAAAAACGUAAAAUUAAAACCUACGUAGCAAAGAAAAAUUUAUUGUUUUCAUUUAUUUAUUUUGACACAACUAAUUGUGGUUUUAUUUAUGAAAAGAACUUAGAAGAUCUCUUGUACGUUAUUGGUCUUAAUUUGUCCAGAAAUCAAAUAAAAAAUUUUUUGGGGAAAGCUAUAAAGAGAGAUCCAUUAUUGUAUCGAAAAUUAACGGAUAAACCAAAAGAAGACGACAAGAACAAAGAUGGCGACAUGAAUAUAGAUCCCAUGUCAAUGAAAGAAGAUGAAGAAUUCCCUGAAGAUGUUGUACCUGGCAAUAUGUAUGCUUGUCCUACAUUCGAAGAAGUGAACGAAACCGUAAAACAGUCGAACAGUAAUGAGGAAAAAAUUUGUAAUUCUGAAAUUGUGAUUUUUAACGGUGCUGUAUUGGAUGUGAACAAAUUACUCGAACAAGAAAAACGUACGGAAAAGGCGCGGGAAGAAAUAGAAGAAGUUCUUGUAGAAUUAAAAUCUAAAUAUCAUGAUUUAACGAACUCACAUUCAAAAUCUCAAACAAAAAUCAAGGAUUUGCAAAAGGAAGUCAAAGGUCUAAACAGAAAAUUAAAGGAAGCCGAAGAUUCGUUAUUUUCGUACAUGCGAAAAUACAAUGAACAUCACGCACUUUUACAAAAUAUUCAUGACAAGGUUUCACCCAUCUUUAGACGUGACAGAGAUCGUGAGCGCGAUCGAAAUGAAAAGAAGGCUGAAGACCGCGGAGAUAGCAGUAAUAAUAAUGAACGCAGUACAAGUAGCACACGAGCAAUAGAUUGUAAAAGUGACACAAAAGAUGAAGUAGUUAUGAAUGAAGUUAAAGAGGAAAAUGUAAAAGAAAAAGCUACAGAAUAACUCAGAAAUAAAAAUUUAUAUAAUUUAUUGUUUCAUUAAUAAAAAUAACCUAUUCAUUAUAACAAAAUUUAUACAUAUGCAUAAUAAGUAUCAAAAAUUGUAAUUUGAAUUUAAUGUAAUAACGUUCUUUCAUAUUAUAUUUUGUUUAAAUACUAUUUUUACUCAAAAAUAAUCUAUUUUAAAAAAGUGAUUUGUGAAUGAAGGAUACGAUAAAAAAAAUUGUCAAAGUAUAAAUAAA